AUGCAGCAGACGCUGAGUACGGACGCCAUGCCAGCCGCAAACAUGCCCUGUACCGCCAACGGCCCUGCCAACCAAAACCAGGGUCGCCCCCUCAAGCACAAUGGUCAAGCUUUCAAGUCGGGCGAUUGGAUUUGCCCCGGCUGUGGCAAUCACAACUUUUCCAAGCGCCGUAUCUGCCACAACGCCAAGUGCCGACAUGAUCGACAAAGCACCCCGGGACUUGGAGUUGCCCCACCAAGUUCGGAAGAACUGCAGCAAGCCACCUCCACAUUCAACAACGCCGCAGCAACCAACAACACAGCGCCCGCUUUAAGAUUGCCCACGCCAAAUCCGCACCAAACCCAACCGUCCUUGACACACCCAUUGGCACAGAGCCAAGCUGAACUUUUGCCCCAGCUUCGGGCCCUCACGGGCUUGCCAGCCGACGCCUCGGAAGAAACCAUUCUGACUGCCCUCCUCAUCCAACGCACCCAGGCUCUGCACGGGCAAGCCCCGCAAUCGCAACAGCAGCAACAACAACAGCAACAACAGCGUCAUCAGCAGCAUCAGAUCCGCCAGCGCUCGGCAUCGCCAUCACAAUCUGUGCGACACCGCCCCAACCCGGCUGCCCCGAGCGCCUGGUCCUCUUGGAGCAAUCCUGGACUAGACCACCCCACCUACCAUCAUGGCGCCAUGACCCCUGAACCUCACCCUUCAUGGGAUACCAACAGUCGUUCUCAAUCCGCACCCAAGCAUGCGGCCCGCAACAUCUUUGACUGGGCUUCCAGCGAAAAUGAGCCGUCGGGCCCCUCCCCACUACUCGAGCAACAUGGCGAUCUGUCUAUUGAAAAUGACUCACCAUUGCCCGCCGACCUACUGCGCGCCCUUUCCCCAUGGCCUGACACCGGAAGCAUCACCAACACGCCAUGGUCACCCUCCUUGCCAUCGGACAUGGCAUCACCACUCAAAUGGAAUAGUGAAGCAUCCGUACCCUAUGCCACGGAUCCCACAGACUCUUGGAACCGACCCGAGUCACCUACAUUGCGUGUUGCAAAUCCAAGCCCACUCGACAUGGGCCUGCACUUUACGGCACAGCCCGUUCAAGCAGGUUUGGCUCAGCCCGCUACAAGCUCCCACUCGUCUUCUGAGAAGGCGCUUCAAAUGAAUGCCAGCAGCGUGCCCUUCUACCCGAGCCCAAAUCUCGGGCAACUGGCCUCGCGGCGACCAUAUCGAACAAGCCAUUGCGCUGCCUUCCCCGUGCACCAAACAUAUUCCUGGAGCGCCGUGGCUUAA